UCACUUCAUAAAGCUUCACAUACAUGUAGACAGCCGCUAGUUGGCUAAAAGGCACCGACACCGACAGCAGAUCCCUACCGUCCGGGUUCUUCCACCUGGAACACGCACUUACUCAGCCGCAAACCGGAGACACGCACACCUGAGCGCCACGCAUCCGAACUGCGGAAAAUUUGAAGACUAAUUAGAAGCUACAUUAAGCUGGCUAACACAGCUAGCUUUGUUAGCCUCUCCGCGCAUACGUAGUUUUAGCUCGCUAGCCGGCUAACUACGACGUUAGCUCGAGAAGAAAGGCCGUCGACUUGACCCCCGUGUCAGUUAUUUAACUCCCACUGAAUCAUCCUGGCAUUAUCACGGUUGCCAGUCACUACUUGGAUUGAAAACUAAGGAGAACAACAUCUAAACAGAAUGGCGCUGAAAAGGAUCCACAAGGAGCUUAAUGACCUGGCUCGUGACCCCCCAGCACAGUGCUCCGCCGGCCCUGUGGGCGACGACAUGUUUCACUGGCAAGCCACAAUCAUGGGACCUACUGACAGUCCUUAUCAGGGAGGUGUUUUCUUCUUGACAAUUCAUUUUCCAACAGACUACCCCUUCAAACCACCCAAGGUUGCAUUUACAACAAGAAUUUACCACCCAAAUAUUAACAGUAACGGCAGUAUCUGUCUGGAUAUACUCAGAUCACAGUGGUCUCCUGCACUUACUAUUUCUAAAGUUCUUCUCUCCAUUUGCUCACUCCUAUGUGACCCAAACCCUGAUGACCCACUAGUGCCAGAGAUCGCACGAAUCUACAAAACAGAUAAUCAGAAAUACUCCAAAACGGCAAAAGAAUGGACACAAAAGUACGCGAUGUGAUGGCAGCGUUUCAACGGCCGGUGGAAGACAUGGGUUGCUGGUUCAAACUUAUUCCAGGAUUCUGUUUUUUUUCUUUUUUUUCCACUUUCUUUUGUUUAACUUUUUUUUUUUUUUUUUUUUUUUUGUUAAACUGUUUUUUUUUUUCUGUUUUGUUUUUUGGGUUAAUCGGAACAUUUUACCCCUCCUUUUUCCACCUGCGCGCUCAUAAGAAGAUAGUGUUUUCUCUUUAGGACACGUGCCAGUUUCUGUGAAGUUUUCCUGUUUUUUCAUAUAAAACGGGCUUUAAACACACACACAAAAAAAAAAACAAAAAAACCCACCCCACCGUGGUUGGAGCAUGCACCAGUCAGUUCUGUUCAACCCAGAAUCGAUGGUUCGUCAUUUACUCUGCACACACUCGGUCGAAUCUGAUGCAACUGGAAGAAAAAAAAAAAAAACAAUAAAAAAAAAAAUAGAUAAAUAAGACGAUUUAAUUCACUGCAGGCUAGGUUUACAAUUGAAGCACUUGUAGAAAAAAGCUUUUUUUUUCUCCACUAUGUAAAUUUUUUAAAGUCGAAGUAAAAUUUGCAAAAAAAAAAAUCUAAUCUGCUGCAUUUCAUCUGGGGAAAAAAAAUCAUGUUUAAAAAAAACAAAACAAAAAAAGAACUGGUCGUCGGCUCCUGAACUGGUGUUUGUUCCGAUCAUUAGUCUAGAAAACCACACAUGGACAGAAGUGUAUCUGAUUCCACCGUCAAAGUGUGUCCAGAGAAGCACAGCAAUAUAUUAUCAAUGUUAAGGAAACAAAAAUAUAAGAAGUUCAAUGUUGUAUUUUAUGCAUGUUAAUAAAGGUAGGCUCUUAUUAUGGGAUGUGUCUGCAGAAUUCCGUGGAUUGUCCGGCUGAACGGUCACAGAUACUCGGUUCCCCUCCAAGGCUUUCUAUUUUCUGUUUGGUUUUUAGAAGCCAGUAGAUGCGCUCUCUUAGUUUCACGCCCACUCGAACACUGUCUUCUUGUAGCCCCUUAAAAAGAUCGACGCAAAGCUGAUGGUUGAUACUCAACUGGUGGCUCUGUUUCUUUUUAGUUUCCCUUCAAUAAAGUUACUUCAACCAUAAA